UUUACCAAUACACUUGACCGUGAAAUCAUCAAUACUCAAUAAUUGUAAAUAAAAGUAUUGCAUUCGACUUUAUCAGCAUUCAUCGCAGUCUGAUCAGUUGAUCGCCAUCCUCAUACCAAGUCAGACGCCGAAAUGGCUUUCCGGUUGAAAUUCGCAUUCUUUCUGCUAUCCCUCUACCUAACCCAUUCCGUCAGUGCCGAGUCUUGUGAAACCGAAGAUUACGACGACGGACUGUGCAUUGCGUUACAAAAGUGCGACGCCUUCAAGCAAACCGGUGAACUCUCCGACGGCCAACGGAAUCUGCUGCGGCGCGAGCAGGAAAAAUGUUCCGGGUCUCUGGUGUGCUGCAAGCGGAAGGUGCGCGAAAAGGUUCCUCGGUCCUUCGAGGACAUCAAGCCGGCGAAAACCAAAGCCCACCAUAGUCUGUUGCCUAGCCAGGAGCAUUGCGGAGCCGAUAGUGCCGACAGGAUCUACAACGGCAACGUAACGUACCUGGAUCAGUUCCCGUGGCUGGCGGUGAUCAAGUACAUUGAUAAAGAUGAGAACGAAGCUUUCCGUUGUGGAGGAUCGCUGAUCAACAAUCGUUACGUCCUGACGGCAGCUCACUGCAUCGAAGAUUCCAUUGCCGAAGUUCGACUUGGCGAAUGGGACUUGGAAAGCAACCCGGACUGCGUUACCAGACAGGGUGUCGAACAGUGUGCCGAUCCAGUUGUGGACGUCGGCAUCGAGAAGAUACUGCUGCACAAGAACUACACGCGGAGGGCUUCCAAGGGUGGUAAGAUCGAUAUGGCGUUGCUGCGGCUCGAUCGAGAGGUGACCAUGGGAACGUACGUGCAUCCGAUUUGCUUGCCGAGGACGGAAUCGGAAUCGGCGAUCGUAGACGAUCAGGAACUGCUGGUCGCUGGUUGGGGAAUGACCGAGAAUCGUGUGACGAGCACAAAGAAACUGUUUGUGGAUCUACACAACGUGAACCUGAACGAGUGCCGUCGGUUGAUAAAUGCUCCGUUGAUCAAGAUUGACGAGACGAUGAUCUGCGCGUUGGGAAAGAACGGGAAAGAUUCGUGCCAGGGGGAUUCCGGGGGUUCAUUGAUGGAUAUGAAAAAGGUCGAUGGAGGUAAGUUUCGGUACUUUUUGAGCGGUGUGGUUAGUAAGGGUCUGGCUUGUGGAACAACCAAACCUGGCUUUUACACGAAUGUGUACCAGCAAAUGGAUUGGAUUAUUUCCAAUAUGGAACCUUAAUGUACGAUUUGUUUUAUGAACACACAAUGUAAACUAAAUUCAAAACAAAA